GCAGCCGGCGGGGCCGCCCCGUGCGCGGGGCCAGGCGGCAGCGGGCAGCCGAGCGGCCGUGCCAUGCACUCCCUCGCCCAGGAGAUCAGGAGUUUCUCUAGGGCCAACCUGCGGAAGCAGCGCACGCGGGUGACGACGCUGACGGGCCGGAGAGUCAUCGAGACGUGGCGGGGCGCCUGCCUGCAGGUGGAGGAAGAGGCGGAGGCGGUGCCCGGCGGCGGCUUCGUGCGGGACCUGAGCUGCGACCUGCAGGUCGGCGCCGCGCGGCCCUGGCUGCUGCUGGGGUCGCAGGACGCCGCUCACGAUCUGGAGACCCUCAGGAAGCAUAAGGUUACACAUAUUCUAAAUGUAGCCUAUGGAGUCCAAAAUGCCUUCCUUAAUGACUUUAUAUACAAGACCAUAUCUAUAUUGGACCUCCCAGAAACUGAUAUCAUCUCCUAUUUCCCAGAAUGUUUUGAGUUUAUUGAGAAAGCCAAGAUACAGGAUGGCGUGGUCCUGGUCCACUGUAAUGCAGGAGUCUCCCGUGCAGCAGCAAUAGUCAUCGGUUUUCUGAUGAAUUCAGAAAGACUGAGUUUUGCUUCAGCCUUUUCCUUGGUAAAAAGUGCAAGGCCUUCUAUUUGUCCCAAUCCUGGCUUCAUGGAACAGCUUCACAAGUACCAAGAACAGAAUAUAAAGGCAAAUGGAAGCAUAAAUGAUCACGACUGAUGGAAAGGGAGAAGUGAAACAAUCUGUUCUGACUAUACAGUACCAGAUGUUGGAUGUACUUUAAUCUCUCGUUUUGCAGUCUUCUUUACAGGUGCACUUUAAAAUCUUUCUCUGUAUUUUUUUUUUCUUAUGUUCACCUUUACACUCUCAUUUUUCAGCAUCUGGUGUAGAGGCCAAAUGGUACUCCACUGACUUCACAGAUGUUUUACCCAAGAGAAAGCUCUUCCUAGAGCAAUGAAAAAAGAUAAAGUUUUUCUUACUGUAGCGAGGAAAGAAACAGAAUGAUUUUUUUUACUGAAUCACCAGAGAGGGCGGAGAGGAAGUAAAAAGGUAACUGGAAUUAUAAAGUUGCACUGCUUACUUUCAUGUUAGACUAAAUCUUUACAUGUUCUAGCUUCUAACACCUAGAUAAGGUGAUAAUAUAAGGAAGUACCCUGCUAUUGAGUCUUAAAUCUAUGGUAAAACUAAGGAGGAUGUUAUCGGAUUUCAUGGGCUAGCCAGCCACUAAAUAUAUAUAAAAAAAUAAAGCAGCGUAUUGAUGGAAGUAACAAGGUGUAGGAUGCUUUAAUGCCUCACUUCUUCCUCCUGUUUCCCAUGAGGCAGCAAAUGGAAGUACACUAGCAUGAUGUUUUCGAAGUGCUAGAAAACAAGCUAUCAAGAUUUUGCUGUUGAUGGUUUUUUAGAUCAUUUCAGAGCAGGUAGGUUGUUACAUUUUCCUUAUCUCACACUGUUUUGGUUCAGUCCCCUCCACCGAUGCCCCCUCACUCCAUUCCAUGCAGUACAAAGAGCACACAUCAUAGGAUAGGUACUCGGUUUAUUUUUCUUGUCACCCUGCUGACAGCUCUCAGACUAGGUUAAGUGCUGUAAGAUAAAACGUUUAGAAAAUAAAAACACAGAAUCUGUGGCAAAGAUUUUGUCGAUGGCAGUAUUUUUGUGGCCUCUGUGCCCCUUCUAAAUGGUUGGAUACGUUACAACACAACAAAAUAAACGCUCUGUGUGAAUAACUGUGGUUUU